AUGACCACCCGAUCCACCCCCUCUCUCCUCAACCCCAUCCACACCUUCCUCGAAGCCCUCACCUCCUCUCCCACCUCCCCUACAUACAUCACCACCAUCCUCUCCACCUUCACCACUCAACCCAUCCCACUCAUCCACGAACACGGUCUCCCCCAAUUGGCCCCUUUCCUCGGCCGCUCCUUUACCGGCACCGACGGGAUCGCCCGCUACUUUGAGCUAUUGGGCGACUACCUGAUCAUCCGGGACAUGCGCUUCGAGCCCGAAGAGACGUGGGUGGUGGACGCAGAGGCUGAGACGGUCGUGGUAAGGGGCCGAGCGAGGUUCGUGUGGAAGAGUACGCGGCAGGGGUGGGACGAGGAGUUUGUGUACCGGAUUGCGUUGGCGACGGAUGUAAGUGGAAGGUCUUCUUCUGGCGUUGGUGGCGGUGGUGGGAUGGGGGACGAUGAGGUUCAACGUGGUGUUGGGAGGGAGCUUGACGAAGGGGAGAAGAUGGGAGAGGAGCGUUGUUUAAAAGUGUGCGAAUAUCGGAUCUGGGCCGAUACGGGAGCGGCGUAUUUGGCUCGAUGGGGCCGAUUGGGGGAUUUAUUGGGGGAGAAAGGAGGAGUGGAAGGGAUUCAUCUUGAUCAGGAUGAGGAUGGAGAAGGGGAGAGGAAGAAGAUGGAGGGUCGGGGGGAGACGAGGGCGGCGUUGAAUCGGAGGAAGAGUGGGCAUCAGGAUGUCUUGGGGGCGGGUUUGAAUGUAUAUGGCAGUUGUGGAUGA